GCGGCCCGUGAGGCGCCAUAUUGUGGCAGAAGCUUUAUAACGACGGCGGCGGGGGCCACUUUUGUUGAGGGGUUUAACCCCCCCCCCGUCCAUUACACGCAAGUUUGUGAUGGGGCAAUUCGCUUCCUACGGCAGGGAAUAACGUGGAGGGAUUUUUUUGUUUUGUCGUUUGGGGGUGUGUGUAUGGAGAGCAGAGACCGUGAGGUGCAAGACAUGGCAGGCGACAGUUGAACCCCCUCCCAUCCCCAAAGGCACUGGCUGAGGGAGCUGGCGCAACCGUUGCUCCCUCGGCCUCCAACGAGGCGCGGGCGGGGCUUCCCAACGCCCCUCCCCUCCGCGGUUUUGGCCGUUGGCGGGGAAGUUUGGGGAGGCGGGGCUUCGGCCCCCUUCGGGGAGCCCAGGGGCCGUUUGGAGGCGGGCGCGAGGGCUGAGAGGCGGGUGGUGGGCGGGGCCGCCCUCCCGUCGGUUGCUAAGGGGGUGCUUGGUUACCUGGUUUGGGCCUGCCCUCAGAGGUGGGCAGGUGGGGAGGCUGACGGCAUUGGUUACCUGCCUGGAGCUGGCCAGGUUUCCUCCCCAAUUCGCAUCCCACCCCCAGAAAGGAGCUUUGAUUGCAUGCUUCACCUGCCACUGGAGAAGAGGGGGGGGUCUCAUUCAGAAGGGGCUCAGUCCCUCUUUCCCUUUGAAAAGUUUGAUUGCCAGGGGCUGAAGACACCCUCUAAUUGUUUUUAAAAAUAUUAUAUUAUGCAUUUUUAAAAGGUGGUGUGCAAUUCUCUUGUGCUUUCACUUUUUGGCUCUGGGUUUUGAAGUACCCUGUGCUCCUUUUAAAAAAGGACUAGGACUCCCUUUCCCUCCCCCAAACCCAUCCACACACACAUCCCAAGGGAGGAUUGGAUAUUUCAUUUGGCAGCUUUUAAUUUCAGGCACUUUUUGGAGAAUGUAAUGUUUCAAUUUUUAAAAAACAUUGAGCCACUCAUAUGCUUUGGAUGCCAUCGAUGUUUUUUAGCUGGUGAUAGUGCUGUCAAGAAUUGGGAAAGUUAAUGUCCCGAGGAAGUAAUGGAAGCAUAAGGCAAUGCAACAACUGUUUUGUGCAGGCUAAUCAGCACAUCUUUAAAAGCACUAGCUCCUGAUUGCACCUAUUAUUUGCAAAGUUUUGCUGCACCAAGCUGGUGGUGUUUACUCCCUGUACAUCCAGCUUUCUGAAGACUUUGAGACAUUGGUAUUCGCCAGUAUCAUGUCAGACACAACCUCCAAGGUGUCGGAAACUUCCAACCCUCGGGCUGUGGUUACAGAUCCAACUUCUACUGCUUCUGCUGCUGAAGGCCCAGCAGAUUCCUCUUUUGGUGAGCAAAACCUGAGCUUCACCACCACGGAUCUCAGCCUGGUGGAAAUGACAGAAAUAGAAUACACACAACUUCAGCACAUACUCUAUUCCCAUAUGGAGGCGCAAGCAAAUGAAAAUGAAGCAGAAAAUAGGCUGAAUUCAAGUUCCUUCUCCACUAACAAUCCUGCAAAUCAAUCACAAUACCUGUCAUCAUCUAGUAACAGUCUAAGUGGCUUUUCAUCAAACAGUUCUGGAAACCAGUCGCUUUAUCCCAUUAUCUGUCAGUCUGGUUUAGCCUCUGACAGUAAUUUCAUGGGUCCUAAUCAGUGUCUAGGGCACAUUGACUUCCAGGAGCUAAGAAUGAUGUUGCUCAGUGAGUCUAGCAUCCCUCCAAACCAAGCUGAAAAAACUCCUAAUAGUAGCUCUGUGGAGAUGACUGGGCAGAGUUCAGUUAAAGCCAAACAUAGUGAAAACUUGGGUGGGCUAAAUAAAGAAAAUUUGCCUGUGGAAAAUUCAGCACCAAUUCUUGAAUCCAGAGCCAAAUCUGCAGUCCGUGUUCGAUUGGAAGACAGAUUCAACAGUAUCCAGGCUGAACUUCCCAGAUGUCAAGAAACCCAGGAAACUGGAGUAGCCAUUAACAAGUGUGUUACAUUUUUAUUUCCUUUAAUCUCAGCUUAAUCAUGUAUAUUAACUGUGGCCUCUGUCAAUCGAACAUUAGAAAUACUAGGGUGCAUACCCAAGAUGCUUUGCAUUUAUUAAUAAGAAAUAAUUCCAAUCUGUAAGUUCUGAUUUCUAUCAAUUAAAAUUGUGUGGAUUCACCGUUUGAUACAUAUAUACAAAGGGGUGGAUAGGCAAGAGUAAUUGGUAGUAAGUGAUUUUAGACCUGUCUCCAAUAUUCCUUGACUAUAUCAUGUGUGCAUCCUAGAUCUUACCUGAUGUUAGAAAAACUAGCAUUUAAACUGAGCCACACUAUAGCGUAUAUGUAAGCUUUUGGGAUGUUCCUCAAGUUCUUUGGAUCUACAUGAUUUUUUUAUCUCCUGCACUUUCAGUUUUGCUGCUAUACGAACACCACUAGAGUGCAAGCUGUGGCAAAAUGCCAAUUACUUUUACUUUUGAGGAAGCUCUAGCUCUGGAUCUCCUGUAUCAAGUGGGGGAUUAUACCAGAGUAGGAGGGUCAUGUGUACUGAGUGAAGUCUUCUGUUUGAAGGGCUUCUGGUUCAAAUGAGUUUAAUUAUAAAUAAGCAUUAGAAAGGAAAGCAGAGGUCUUGAAGUUCUGCAUCAGUAGCAACUGGAAACAGACUAAGCAGGCACACAAGACACCUAGUCACUGUUUUGUGAGAUUUUCAUAUAAAGAUUGCAUUUGUAUUGAAAUUGUGGUAAUUAUUUCUAAAUUUGCAUUUUUGCAUAUAAAUUAAAACAUGCAACUUAUGGGCAAAUCUGUUCUCCUCUAUUGUGGUGGUGUAUUUCAUCCUUUUGGCAAUUCAUAAGUUGCCACUCUAGACCAGGUGGUCUACAAGGCCCCCUCCAAUUCUUUGAUUCUGUAUCAAUUCUAUAUCAAACUGUAGAUUUUAAGAUUUCAGUGUCAUUACAUUAUCCACCUGUGGAUGGAUCCAUCAGCAUACUCGCACUCUAAAAACUGCAGUGUGCAACUUUUCCAGCAACUUGCUUCUUUUAUUUAUUUGUGACUGGCAUCAUUUGAUGAACAUGGUUAAAGCCAAGCCUUGGCUGGUGGAUUUAUACUGCACUUUUCUUUUUACAAUAACCCUAAAUUCUGAGUGCCCAUGAAGUAAGCCCAUAAUGCUGAACUUACAGUUGCAAUCCCACCAGCGAUUGCUACCAUAUAUCACAGCAUUGCAAGUCAUCCAACCCAGACUUCCUGUCCAUGUACCCAAGAGCCACUCCAUACCAUGUGCCAGCAAAGCUGGGUUUGCUACACAACAGGGAGCUGCAGGCAGCCCAGGUGUAUGAUGUGUCCUUUCUUUACAUAUAAUAAAAAUGCAAACGUUUCAUCACACUGCAGUUCAUCUGGCCACAGACAGGUGGUGCUGUGAACUAUAGUGCGAAAAAGGUGGUGGAUGGGUGGCCCAGGCAAGCUUCAGAGGGACAGCCAGAACAGGCUGUAGCAGUUCCCCAGGAGCUUCCCUGCUCUGCUGGCUCCUCCACUUGGCAGCUGUGGGGUUCUUGCUCCCAUGAUCCAGAGCCCCAGGCUAGUUGGUGCCACUCCAACUUGGGGAUCUUCUGCUUCUGCCAUGGCUGAUUAGAAGCAUGGUAAGAUCUUCUAGUCUGCUGCUGUUGCCACCAAUUAAAAUGAAGUUGGCCUGGAUAAAGCAGCAGCAGAUCUUCAGCCUGACCUGCUGCUACUUCUGGCCUCCUUCCUUUGCCUGCCAGGCCAACUCAUCAUCCCACCUGGCUGUGCCAGCAACAUGAGGCGGAAAGGGGAAGAUCUUAGGAGAGCUGAGCUCUUUGCUUGAGGACAGGCACAUGGUUUCCAUCCAGUGGAAACCGCUUCUCCCAGCGUUGCUCCUGGAAGCUGCCCCACACAGAUGCUUUCUACCUUUGACAUAGGAGAUGGAAGGCAGCUGUGCUUGGAGGCUAUGAAAGCCCUUUGCAAUCCUACCCCCUAUCCCUGUUGCACCUCUAACAUCAUGGGUGCAGAGGAGAAGGGGAGAGGAUUGCAAAGGGCUUUGCGCAUCAGAGGUGCAAAGAAGUGUGUGGGUGGCUCAUAAAGUCUUUUCCCAUCCUCCCCUUUUUAUCCUCCAAGGUUGCAGCUUGAAAGGAGGAAUGCAGAGAAUGAAGAAUGCUGCCGCUGCUGCUGUAAACAGCAAGAGAGUAUCCUGCUGUUUAGAAUACAGGCUACUUUUUGUCUUCGCUCAGCUCCAACUCCCAUUAGCCCCAGCCAGCAUGACCAGUGGUCAGGGAUGAUGGGAUUUGUAGUCCAUGUACAUCAGAAAGGCUGUAGGUUCCCCAUGCCUGAAUCAUUAGUUUAUAUGUUAAAAUAUAUGUUUGAGAUGGGUUAUAUUAGAAUUCUGAACCUAUACUGGGUUGUCUACUGAUGUGGAAGAUUAUGCAGCAAAAUGGCUAUUCUAAUCCAAUUAUUUCAAAUAAGUGCCUUUGUUUAUUCACUCCUUUUAUAGUUUAGUAACUCUAAUUCGCCAUCCUUCAGAAGUGAUGGGUGUUCCUCUCCACCAGCAACAGAAUAAAUCUACCACAUUAGUGAAAAAUAAGACUGCUGCUACUACGACUACUGCAUUGCAGUUUACAUGCCCACUGUUUAAUCCGAAUGUUGCUUCUCCUGUAACUGGAAAUGCAAACCCUUCACAAACACAGGUUGGUAUUUUUGAAUUAUUAUUUAAAUUGCAGCCGUUUGGUUUCAAUGCUUUAUAUUAGUCAUAGUAAAACUUCUGAAGAGAAUGCAGUAAACAGGAGAAUUGUCAAUCUGAGUUUUGAACUGUAGAGUUAUCUGACACUUGUUUCAUGUUAUUUGGUGAAAUAAAUUAAUUAGCAUUGGCCAGGAUAUGAAGAACCAUUAGUCCAAGUAGACUUUAGACUUGUUUUUCUUGAGCAGAAAAAAAAUGGCUUCUUAUCUGUUCUUGAAUUCAUUUCAACGUCUCUGUCUUCAUUCUUUAGCUUCUACUGUAAAGUUCUUUCAAUUCCUUCUUAUAAUCGUGACACUUAUCUUGAGUUGUAAUCUUAUUUUUUUAUAACUCCCACUGCUCUUUUUCACUUUGAUUUGUCAGUAUUUGGAACAACCCUCUCUUCCCAAAAUUGGAAAUUUGCAUCUUACAUAAACCUUUCGAGACUGAAAGCUAUUCAGAUGAACUAUUUCUUUGCCGGUCUUUUAAAACCCAUACCUUACUAUAAUACUUUGUGAAGUUGGCAGUGGUAAUAGCCUAAGAAUCAUAAAUGGUAUUUAUAUUAGGAUGAGAGACAAAGCUGAAGUCUACAUGCCAGAUUGUAUUAGCAAUGAGAUACAAAUUGUAAAGCACUUUAUUCAUUGAACAGGGCUUUAUAAAUUUCAAAAAUUAUUGCAAUGCCUAGCCUAGAGCUAAUAUAACAAAAAUAUGAGCAUCAUCCAAUAUCUAGAGCUACAUUAUAACUAUAAGGAAUGUGAUCCAGGGUCUGAUCAGCACAAGGUUUACUUCUAGUGCAAUGGAAUUUCUGCCCUCACCCUAUGAACCCCUAAAUCUAUUUUAGGGGUUCCCACAACCUUCCAGAGCAGUUUUAGAGAAGGCAUGGGGUGUGCUUGGGAGAGGAGAGGAAAGAUCGUCACCUUGCACAGAGAGGACAAAGUAGUAGAAUUCUGCCCCCAGUAAAUGAGAGGGCCAAUUGUAGUUAAAAUUAACAACUUCAUGACUGAAAGGGCAAUCCUAACCAUGCCUACUCAGAAGUAAGAUCUAUUUAAUUCAGUGGUGCUUACUCUCAGGUAAGUGGGUUAGAAUUUCAUUAAAAUUAACCAUUUCAUUACAAUUAACCAUUCCAUGACUAGCAGCAAAUCCAAACUCAAGAUUGGAAUAGGCAGUUCUUGGGCUGCACUAGAUGAGAAUUUUCUGAGUACAGUGGUACCUCGGGUUACAGACGCUUCAGGUUACAGACUCCGCUAACCCAGAAAUAGUACCUCGGGUUAAGAACUUUGCUUCAGGAUGAGAACAGAAAUCGUGCAGCGGCGGCGCGGCGGCAGCAGCAGGAGGCCCCAUUAGCUAAAGUGGUGCUUCAGGUUAAGAACAGUUUCAGGUUAAGAAUGGACCUCCAGAACGAAUUAAGUUCUUAACCCGAGGUACCACUGUAUGUGGAGUCAUUGGAUGGUGGAAGGAGAAGCUUAGCAGGAGCAGCACCAAUGCAACUUUAGGACUACAAUGCCUGUAUUGUUCAAUAAAAGGGGAGGAUGGCCAACAUGAUUUACAGUUGGCUUCAUUUCAUACUGAUACAUACAUUUUCUUUUAGAGCUCUGGAGCCUCUGUUCUGGAAACAGCCAAACAUCAAGAUCUUGGGUUACCUCGAGCUUUUUCUAUUUGUUACCAGCAGGAAAUUGAGGCUACAAAACAGACUGUUGGGCCUAGAAAUAAGGCACUGCCUGAACAUGUUUGGAUUAAAUUAGGAGGUAAAUUGCUGAAUUUUGACUGUUUGUUGCCAAGUAAUUCAUUCUGAUUUGUUGUUCAAGUAAUUCAUUCUGAUUUCUUAAGUUAGCUUUUUUUCAGAGAAGAGUAAUCAAAGUAUCAUGCUUCUGUUUGAUAAUAUGCUUAAUAAAAAUGCAUUCGCCAAGCAUUUAAGGCUGCUUAGCUGUCUUGGAAGCUAGGAGGAAGCCCAUGUGACAAUUAUCUUUUGCAUGGGGUGGUUUUGAGGUUGGGUGAAAUGGGGUUUUUAGUGCUAUGCGUGCCCUUGGAUGAAGUAACAGAACUGGAGGAAGUAACACAGAGCUCCAGAGAGAAACUGGCAAACAAAUCCUUGGCCAGCCUUUUGCUGCCUUUUCUGAGAUCCAGCUGUGAUGGGUGCUGCAGGUUCUAGACCUUUGAGACUCUGAAGCAGAGAGCCUGGGGCCAACCUAUGUAUGUACCUUCUCAUGGCAUUUGCUGUGCUGCGUUACAUAGAAACGUUUCCACUGCCAUGUUAAGCAAGUAUAGCCAUUAACUAAGGUCUUAGUUUACUAAUCAUAGGGAUUAAUUUAAACAGUGGGGUAAAUUUUAAUUAGCAGGAGUGCUAAGAGAUAAAAUGCCCACUUGUUUAUCUUUAAGGUUACUUUGGUUCUGGUGCGGUAGUAAAAUAGGGAACAACAACGACAGGCAGCGUUUGUUUAUUUAAUUGUGCGAGGUCUCUCAUAUUUCCUUCAAUAGCUGUACUGAUGUCUUUGCUAAGCUGCAUUAUUAUUUAAGGGUUAUUUACAUGUAAAAAGCAACUGAUUACUGAUCCACAACAAUUAUUUUAGUGGUGGACAGCCUUAGAAGCAGUAAACCAAAGGUGAGCUUGAUACAAGGUGAAAUUUCAGUUCAACCAUACAAUUUACUUAUGGCAAAAAAAGAAAAGAAAAAUGGCAACACAUUUCUUUUUCCUCUUAUUUUGCAAAGGAGAUGCUAUAUGUAAGCAAACAAUAAACAAAAGAAGUCGUAGUCGAAUACAUCCCUUGGACACCAAUGUGCAGCGCAAACCUCUUGGUGAUAUUCAGAAUGUGUGUGAUACCCAAAACGCUGGCCCAGCUCAUAGUACUUGGCAAGCAACACAACCAACACAGAGCACACAAAGUGGAACUCAAGGUGGUGUGUCUCAGCGUCGGGAGAGACAUAACCGGAUGGAAAGAGACAGAAGGUAAUUGCUAGUGGUGGCCUCUCAAAAGAACACCUUUUGUGUUUGGUUCUUAAGUUAUCAGGUCUAUACAAAUGAAUUUGUUUCAGCAUUAAUUUGGUGUUGAUUUACAUGCCACAAUGUCAUAUAUCUGGAUAUUUAUGACACUGAUGGUGAGCUCCCAUUGCUCAGUCCCUGCUCCUGCCAACCUAGCAGUUCGAAAGCACGUCAAAGUGCAAGUAGAUAAAUAGGUACCGCUCAGGCGGGAAGGAAACGGUGUAUCCGUGUGCUGCUCUGGUUCGCCAGAAGCGGCUUUGUCAUGCUGGCCACAUGACCCGGAAGCUGUACGCUGGCUCCCUUGGCCAAUAAAGCGAGAUGAGCGCCGCAACCCCAGAGUUGGCCACGACUGGACCUAAUGGUCAGGGGUCCCUUUACCUUUACCUUUAUACUGCCUUUCUGCCAGUGUACAAUAGAACAUAUAUUAAAUAGUGGCUCAUACUCCAGAUACUGUAAAAACGGAGUGGGUGGAGUAUGGAAAGGGAGGAGGAAAGUAACUAAAUUAAGAUAUUAGCUGUUAUUUCCACUGUCUGAGGCUUCCACUGCCUCUGAAUACCAGUUGCUGGAAACUGAAGGAAAGGUGUUGCUGUUGCACUCAGUUCCUGCUUACGGGUUUCUCUCAGGCAUCUGGUUGGCCACAGAGAGAACAGAUGCUGGACUAGAUGGGCCUGAUCUAGGAGGCUUUAUGUUAUUUAUAUUCUUAUGUGGAUUCAAUCACAGUCAACUGUAUAAAUAUUUGCAAAAUUUUAAUACAAACCUUACAGGCUCGCAUCCUAUAACCAGAAAACUUAGGAUUGAUUAUAAGGAUCCUCAUGAUUUUAAGGAUCCUCAUGUGCGACUGAUGCUUUGCCACUAUCUUCAUCAAAUAAUUGGUUUCUAAGUUGCUGCACCUAAUUAAUAAAUGUUUCAUGUUACCGUUUCAAGCACUACUAGAACUCUCCAUGUUGUAUGCAAUUCUAGGCGCAGAAUCAGGAUUUGUUGCGAUGAACUUAAUCUUCUGGUUCCAUUUUGCACUUCGGAUACUGACAAGGCAACAACUUUACAAUGGACAACAGCAUUUCUAAAAUAUAUUCAGGAACGACAUGGGGAUUCUCUAAAAAAGGUCAGUAAGUUUCACAUAAAUGCGCAGAACAAAAUGCAUUAAAGCAAUAACAAAAUGCCACGUGGAAUCAUGAUAGGUACUUUGCUUGACCAUUUACUUCAGUGGAUACAGGAACACACAUCUUCAGUGGCCCAUGAUCUUAAGCAGGCUUCAGCCUCAGCCUCAGCCUUUAACUACCCCGUUCAUUUGAAAAAUGAGGAUGAAAAUAAUCCUGUCAUACAUCACAAGAUUGUUGUAUGGAAAUCUAAGCCUUAUAUAUCUAUUAUUAAAUAUUAUUUGAACAUGCUCUCAACGUUUUGGAAGUACUAUAUUGCAAGCAAUACCCACCUAGUAUUUUCACUUCAGUUGUCUCCCCCCAGGUUAAAUAGCUCCAUCUGGACACCAGAUAUUGUGCUGACAAUAAUGGAAGGGCAGCUUUUUAUUUCUGGAGCUGCUCCACUCUGAAAUAAAAUAAAUGGCAGCUCCUGUGCUGCAACUCUGCGUGUUUUGUUUUUUAAAUACCUUCAAAAGUUUGCUAGGAUAAGCUAAAAGUUGCUUAAUAACUUCUUUCCUUUAGGGAUAGCUGUGUGCGCACACUUUUCCCAAGGUUUGCUCUUUCACAAGUCCAUAUCGUAAUUAUUCUCUGUGUUUGCUUUUUAGGAAUUUGAGACCGUGUUCUGUGGUAAAACAGGCAGACGACUAAAGUUAACAAGAUCCGAUUCACUAGCAACGUGCUCGACACAGGAGAUUACUCAGAAUGGCACACCUAUGGAGAUAAAAUAGUUGGCUCUCUAUAGUCAAAAACUGGUGUAAAGGGUGAACAUGCAAGGAUUUGUAUGAACUUCUAAUUCAAAUUCACCUGCUGAACUUCUCUUGUGACUUACUGUACUUUGAAAAAUAUAUAAGCGUUAAAGAAAUGACACACUUUAUUCCAAACAAAGAAGAAAAGCAAGACACCAACAUUUAUUUAUUAGUGCUGCCCUAAGAAAAGUGUUGCACCAGAGGGAAGUAGAAAACAGCAGUACAAGCUAGUAACCCACUUUCUAUAUUUUUGUUUGUUUGUUUGCCAAGUAUAAUAAUUCAGAUGUGUCAAACAGCAGCUUGUUCUUUUCAACCUUGUACACACUUGUACUGAUAUAGAUAAUUAUUAGAAUGUCAUAACAACCAGUUUGGAAGAAGAAGAAAUGUAAAUAGUUUAUAAAUUAUAUAAAAUAUAGUAGCUUGUAUAUAGUAACUGAGAUUUGCCUUCCAUUUCAAAAUGUUCAUACCUGUGAAACUAAAAUAUAUAGAAAAAGCUUUUUGACUGUGUUAUAAAUACACUACUAUUUAAAAUAUGUUUUGCAUUCUCCAACGAUUUUUAGUGCAGGAUACAGUCAAGGAAUUAUCUGCUGCACAAAUACCCACUGAAAUGAACAGGAGAAAUACAGCUGUGUGCUCUGGUGCAAAUCUGAUUUAUUUCAAUUGGGCUUCCAUAUGGAAAAAAAAUCCAGAUAAUUGCAUGAUUUCAGUGCAAAAGUGGUAUUUUGUAAACAGUACAUGAUUUUUAAGUGCACAUAAUAUUUUCUUUUUUAAAAAAGACUAGUAUUAGCAGUAUGUGUUAGGAAAGCUGAAGCAUUUGAGAAAUAGUAUAUUUAUUGAAUUGAAAGUGGCUUCAUUUAUCUAUCAAACAGAUGAUGCCAGUAAGUAUUUCUUAUACAGAACUCAUCCCAAAAUAAAUACUGUUUAAAUCACGGAUAUUCACA